AUUUAGCGAUAAACCGGACCCGGUGUCCAUUGAACACACUUCGGUCUCGACUCGUGCUCGAGUUUCUAAGCGAAUUUCUUCGCUUAUUCGCACGUGGAACGUCGACGUAAACUCGCUAUGGUCCCACCAGCCUGCAUUUCUAUAGCCCUGCCUGUGUGCCUGUCUCCAGCCUCCUGACACCUGAAACCUGGGACAACAUGCAGCCGGCUCAGGAAACAACCCCCAAAAGGUACCCAAGCCAUGCCACUCCUAACCCUUCCUCGAGGGUGGUUAGGUGCUGUUCCUGGUCACCACAUGCUGUCUGGCUGGCAUUCAGUACCUGGUAUAUCAGGUCCUUGUCCAAUGGAUUUGGCUGGUACAGCGCACACAUAGCACGGAACCCCUGGAUCACGAUUGUCAUAUGCAUUGCAUUUGUCGGAUUCUGUUCUGUUGGAUUCAUCUGGCUAAAGAUGGAAAAUAGGGCAGAGAAGCUAUUCAUCCCUCAGGACAGCCGUGCGACCAAAGAUAUGAACCGCGCCUCCAAACACUUCACAAUGGACAGCCGACUACAAACCGUCAUCUUCGUUCCUAGGCAACAAACUGACAGCAUCCUCUCAAAGCAAUGCAUGAUGGAUAUCCUCACAGUGCACAUGCGCGUUGUGCUCUUGCCUCGCUACGAGAACCUCUGCCUCGCCGACCCGAGCACAAAGGAUUGCCUUUUCAUGAACCCAAUAGAAAUCUUCCAAUUUAAUAGUUCAAAUUUCAAGGACUCUAAGCGCAAACUUGAACAGGCGUACCGAGAUAAGACACGUCUCAUGAGUAAUGGGCGCCCUGUGUGGUACAACUUUGGCGCGAUGUUUGGAGGUCUUGUGAUGAAUCGGACAACUGAUGUAAUUGAUCACGUGACAGCUGUACAGGCGAUGUACUUUAUAAGGACACCUCAGGGAGACGCUGAGCUUCAGGAGGUAAUGGACUGGGAGAAAAGUUACGUAGAUGCUAUGGAACAGCUCGAGAAAGGUCUACGUUGUGCUAGGAUCUACUACGACGCGCAGCGCAGUUUAGAUGAUGCUAUUGCCGAGAGUACUGGGACGGACAUUACAUUUAUUUCAGUGACGUAUAUGCUAAUGAUCUCUUUCGCAUGCACUAUGCUCGGCAAGUUCCGCAACCCACUCACCGGACACUCUCUCCUCGCGAACGCCGGGAUCUUCACUGUGUUUCUCGGGAUCCUCGCGGGAUUCGGGUUCACAAUGCUGGUGCAGACCCCGUUCGUCAGUAUCGCGGGCGCGCUUCCCUUUCUUAUCAUUGGGAUUGGCAUAGACGACAUGUUUAUCAUCGUUGACGAGCUAGACCGUAUGGAGCCACGACUCUCUGUGAUAGAUACCGUCAAAGUUGUCAUGGCAAACUCCGGUGCUACCGUAACCAUGACGACAUUGACAGACCUGGUGGCGUUUGCUGUGAGCACGACAUCGGAGCUUCCUGCCAUUCGUUACUUCUGCGCCUACGCUGCGCUGUCGAUCACUUUCGCCUACCUCAUGAUCGUGACGUUCUUCGUGGCCCUCAUGGCCUUCGAUGUUCGAAGGAUAAAAGCCAAUCGUCGAGACUGCUUUCCAGUCUGCUUUGCCAGCCCGCCUAAAGCAGGCGCGCGAGCAUGGGACGAGCCUCGGGCCCAGAUCGCUAGCAAGGUCCUAGGGUUUUGGGCCCGUUUUCUGAUGAGGUCUGGAACUAAGGGUAUCGUGGUCUUUAUAUCACUAGUGCUUUUCGGGUGUGGCAUAUAUGGGGCUGUAAACAUCAGUGAAGACUUUGAGCCAAAAUUGCUGGCCAAAGACGGGUCCACAUUCCUUCAGUUUAAUGAGGCUUUAGAGAGAUAUUUCCCACGCUCGGUUGAAGUCCACAUUAUUACUGAUGAAAAAGUUGACUAUUCCAAUCGGAAAGUCCAAAGUGGAAUUUUGGAUCUCUCUGCAAUCGUCACUGAAAAUCCAUUUUAUCAAAACACCACAAUAUCCUGGAUUGUUUCUUUAAAUGAUUUUUCCAAGAAAACUGGGGCAAGCAUCGAAGGGCCAUUCUUUAUGAAAACUCUCCAGACGUUCCUCAUAAUUCCAGCUUUUCAAUUUCUUGCCGAAGAUUUACGAUUCUCUCCCGACGGCUCUACGAUUGUUGCGUCGAGAAUUCGGUGUUACAUCAAAGGGAACUUGAACUCUAUUGGCCAGCGGGACGCGAUGGUGACAUUACGAGAGGAUGUUGACGAGUUCUCCACCGUUCCCGCUUACCCCAUUUCCAAGCCAUUCCUGUACUUUGAGCAGUAUGCCAUCACCCUACGAGCAACGGUUCGUAAUCUUGUGAUCGCCGGCAUUGCCAUUCUUGUCAUUACGUGUCCAUUCUUGGUCGACCUUUCAGUCACAAUUCUCGUCUUCUUCGGCUUCGUAGCCCUCGUCUUCGAGCUGUUUGGUCUGAUGUACGUGUGGGGGGUCUCUUUAAAUGGAGUCUCAAUGAUUAAUCUUAUUAUGGCUAUUGGGUUCGCUGUGGAUUAUAGCGCGCACAUUGCGCAUGCCUACGUCAUGUCCUCUAAAGCCUUGCCGGAGGACCGCGUCGUAGACGCGCUUAGAACCCUGGGCGCUAGUGUUCUGAUGGGAGGGGCCAGUACAUUCAUUGGUAUGGUGAUGCUUGCCUUCGCCUCUUCGCAGAUCUUCCGCAUCUUCUUUAAAAUGUUCUUUGGAAUCGUGUUCCUUGGUCUCCUCCACGGCUUGUGCUUUUUACCCGUAUAUCUCACGAUCUUCUGCCGAUCAGCGCCGACGAGCCACCGAGAACCACCCGAGCGUUUCAGUCAACGAGUGUCUGACACUCACGAGAUGAACGGCAUUAUGAACAAACCAAUCAUGGACAUGAAUUCGGGGCUCCAACAUCUUUCCGAAAACGUCCCGAGGAACUCCGAGGAAAGCUCGACACCUCCUGGGGAUUCACCGAUUCCGGCCGAGACCGCCGAAGAAGACCGUCUUUGUCCGUCAGAAGAAGAUACCAGGGGGAAGGUAACUGUUUUUGGGUUGCCUAUCCCCAACCUCUCUCGCGUCAAGCCCAAACACAGGGAUCCCGAACAAAACUCCGCGGAGCUGCCGGGUCGUUCUCUUAGAUAAGACUGUAAGGUGUGUUGAGGCCACAUUUGUAAUAAUCUGUCGCAUUUCUUAUAACCGCCACAUUUGUAAUAAGGUAGGCCACAUUUGUAAUAAACUAUCAGAUGUCUCAUGAAAGAAAAAUCGUACGACAACCAAACUUGGUAGGCGUCACGUAUCAAGCGUGGUGCAACCAGAUGGUCACAAAAAUAAAGAAUAUCCACAUCCCAUGAAAGAAGCAUCAUAUGACAACCAAACUUGAUAGGUGUCAUGUAGGUAUCAAGGGAAGUGCAACGAGAUGGUCACGGGAUAUGUGACGUCAUCGAUGACGUCAUCAAAAGUAUCGAUAUCUCACGAAAGAAACAUCAUAUGACAUCUAGUGUUAAGGCAGUGUCAACAAAAUGACGUCAUCGAUGACGUCAUCAAAGGAAAAGGAAAUAAUAUCUCGAGAACUGAGCUUGAGUAAUUUAUGUUAUUGAUAAGUGAAACCCCGACUGAUAUAUACGCGCCCAUCUCUUGGGCGAAAAAAAUAUCAUUAUAAGAUCCACCACACAGUACGUCGAGCGCAAACGCUUAGUUUCUUAGUUUUUAGUUAGUCUAGAAGCGUGUGUAUUGUGAUGCCUUGUGUAUGUGUCUAAAAAAAACUUUUAGCCCGAGAUAGAUGGGCGCGUAUGUAGUACCAAAUGGACACUUUAGUAAUGAACUCCUAUUGAUAUCGCAUUAUGAUACCUGCUGUCAUUCUUAUAACAUGAUAAGGCGUGCAUUUUAUUAUUAUUGAGUUAAAUUGAUUGUUACUUAUAUAUUAAUUAAUAUUUUUAAUUACUGUUGGGAACAUAAUGAUUAUGAGAAUAAUAGUUGAUUAUCAUUAAUUAUCAGAAUUGCCCUUUUUCCACAUGAUGGGACUAAAUAUGCAUUUUGUUCUUUAUGGCAUAUUGGUCUUUCUUUUACGGGAUAAAAUAUGAUCUUUCAUGUCUGACGAUGUGUCUAUUAUGACAUAUUUUUUUGUUUAUAUUUCUUAUUUUUAAAUGACGUCACAUAUCACGUGGCCAUCUAAUUGACCUACCUAAUUACAUAUGUGGCCGUUAUAACAAAUGUAGGUUAUUGCAAAUGUAGUCUCAACAAGUUGCGAAACUUCACACGAUUUGUAAUUUAUUUGUACAUAAUAAACAAGUGUUUGUUUUAAAAUUUAA